AUCUGAAUGAGUGUGGACUGAAGCCGCGGCCGUGCAAGCACCGCUGUAUGAACACCUACGGCAGCUACAAGUGCUACUGCCUCAACGGCUACAUGCUGAUGCCAGACGGAACGUGCUCAAGUGCCCUUUCUUGCUCGCUGGCAAACUGUCAGUAUGGCUGCGAUGUGCUGAAGGGGGAGGUGCGCUGCCGCUGCCCUUCCCCGGGACUGCAGCUGGGGCCCGACGGCAGGACGUGCGUAGAUAUCGACGAAUGCGCCACCGGGAGGGUCACCUGCCCCAGAUUUAGGCACUGCGUCAAUACGUUUGGGAGCUACAUUUGCAGGUGUCAGAAGGGCUUCGACCUGAUGUACAUCGGAGGCAAAUACCAGUGCCAUGAUAUAGAUGAAUGCUCCCUCGGCCACCAUCAGUGUGGUAGUUUCUCCCGAUGUUACAAUACACCAGGAUCCUACAAAUGCAAGUGUAAAGAAGGGUACAGAGACAAUGGAACAAACUGCAUCCUUAUUCCCAAAGUUAUGAUUGAACCACCUGGCCCAUAUCCCACACUCAGGGGCAGCAGCACGCUCCCGAAGGGAGGCAGUGGUGUGACCAAUAGGAUUCCUGAUGUUGGAGGCACAAGGCAACCCCUCUGACCUCCAUAUGUUCCUUCUGUUGUUACAGAAAGGCCGGUGACCAGGCCAACAGCUCGUCCUACGCCCGGGCCAACCACUCGACCUACGCCCAGGCCAACGGCUCAACCGACGCCAAAACCAACCACGAGGUAUGUGCCGGUGACAACAAGGACCGUAACGAAGCCAGCGACGAGGCCUCCACCUCCGACACCACCUCAGCCUACAGCGUUAAGACCUACGCUACCCCCACAGAGGCCUCCUCUGGUAACAACUGAAGAGCCUUCCCAUUUUCCUGUUGAAACUACAUCGGCCCAAGGAAUUACAGAUGACAACAGGAUCCAGCUAGAGCCUCAGAAACCCCGAGGAGACGUGUUCAUUCCACGCCAGCCUGGAGUGAGCAACAACCUGUUCGAGAUCCUGGAAAUCGAAAGGGGGAUUACCGCCGAUGAAUUCGAAGCCAACGAUGACCCAGGCGUGCUGCUGCACAGCUGUAAUUUUGACGGCGGGCUGUGCGGCUGGACCGGGGAGAAGGAUGACGACUCGCACUGGGAACCGGUGAGAGACGCGUCAG